UACUGUCACCUCACUGGGAGAGCGCACACUGGAGGCUGCUUUCCGAGUCAAACCUGGCAUGGGUUCUUUGUCGGCCCUGAGGACCGUCCUAGUUUUGAACCUGGUUACGGCCCUCGCGGGAUGCGCCGCCGGUUUGAACGGGACAGCGGAGCGCUGGGAGGCCCUCUACUCCCGCUCUCUGGCACGGAUCCCGGGGGAAAAGCGGGAGGAGAUCAGUCGGGACGGAGACUACCUCCUAGGCAUUAAACGGUUGCGGCGCCUCUACUGCAACGUGGGGAUUGGUUUUCAUAUACAAGUGUUACCCGACGGCAGAAUAACAGGAGUACACAGCGAGAAUCGUUACAGUCUGCUGCAGAUCUCUCCUGUGGAGAGAGGGGUGGUUACUCUGCUGGGUGUUCACAGUGGGCUCUUUGUGGCCAUGAACCGAAGAGGAAAACUUUAUGGAUCUUUACACUACAGCAACGAGUGCAAGUUCAGAGAGAAGCUCCUCGCCAACAACUACAAUGCUUAUGAAUCGGCCGCCUACCCAAGGAUGUUCAUGGGCUUGAGUAAGAAUGGCAAAACAAAAAGAGGAAACAGAGUGUCACCAGCGAUGACAGUGACACAUUUCUUGCCAAGAAUCUAGUGAGCUGAUAAAUCUACUUCAAGACAAUAUGGGAAGAAGGAGGGAGCCAAUCAGGAGAGAGCCAGAGGGUAGGGGGGUUUUCUCCAAGCUGUGAUGCACUUUCACUCCAAAA